CCCCCUCGCUCUCCUAAGCACCUCUAUUCCCAGAUCGAAGACAUGGCGGAAAUCCGUCGAAAGCUUGUCAUUGUAGGCGAUGGUGCCUGUGGUAAGACUUGUUUGUUGAUCGUGUUCUCCAAGGGCACUUUCCCAGAGGUUUACGUCCCGACUGUCUUCGAAAACUACGUUGCCGAUGUCGAGGUUGAUGGAAAGCACGUCGAGCUAGCUCUAUGGGAUACGGCUGGGCAGGAAGACUAUGACCGUUUGAGACCACUAUCAUACCCAGAUUCGCACGUCAUACUCAUCUGUUUCGCUGUCGACUCCCCUGAUUCUCUUGAUAACGUUCAGGAGAAGUGGAUCUCCGAAGUUCUGCACUUCUGCAGUGGCCUUCCCAUAAUCCUCGUUGGUUGCAAGAAGGAUCUCCGCUACGACCAGAAGACCAUCGAAGAGCUCCACAAGACGAGCCAGAAACCAGUGACCCCCGAACAGGGUGAGGAGGUCCGCAAGAAGAUUGGCGCGUACAAGUACUUGGAAUGUUCGGCAAAGACCAAUGAGGGUGUUCGUGAGGUUUUCGAACACGCCACACGUGCCGCUCUCUUGACCAAGAAGAAGAAGGAGAAGAAGUGUAUUGUCCUGUAA